AUGCACCAGAGGCCCUCUUUGAACACGGCUGUCGUGUUUCGUACGCCUUCUUGGGACCGCGUCGAUGGGAGCCCCACGACGGUCGCUAGCCCAACUACGAUCUGGAAUCCUUAUGAUGAAGUGAUUCGGCGCUUUUCCGAUCCAGCCAAGGACGGUGAUGUCAGAGCUAGUGGGGCGAAGUACGAAAAGGCCGAAGCAUCAUACACGGCGGCUGUCCUGUCACUCCAGAAGCUCCUCAAGGACGAAGGUGGUAUCGCAGCCACAAGCCAAGAUGGGAAACAGGAGUUGUCUAUGAUUGCCAAGCAGCUUCAACAAGCAAAAGAGGGUACUCUAGACAAGAAGAAAAUGUCCAGAUUCGUCAAAUCGCUGGAUCACUACCAAGGUGUCUUUGACAUCCUUUCCCAGGCCGACUUCUCGGGCUUGCCCUUGAUAUGGGGCGGCAUAAAGCUCGUCUUGCUUAUGUCCAAAACCAGUUCCGACACUCUUUCCAAGGUUUUCGAGGUCAUUAUCGACAUCGGUCGAAGUUUAGAACGGAUCAGGGGGUAUGCGAUGCUCUACGCAACCCCACGGAUAACAGAGUUUACUGUCGAGCUCUACGAGGCAGUCGCAGAGUUCCUGGAGAAGGUCAUCGCCGAUUUCAAAAAGAGCCCCUUCAGAAGAGCGAUGGUCGACCUUCUGCAGCCUUUUGAGGUGCGAUACGGCGAUCUUUUGACGAAGAUGAGAAAGGUGCAACAAGAGAUCAAAGACGACGCGGAUCUUUGGAUCUUCCGAUGCAAAGACAUGAGAUGUACCAAGGCUUUAAAGGAAGCCAUGGCCGAGGACCCGAACGCCGCGAUUUUCGAGGCAAUCAGGAAGAACCUUUUCCGGGGAUUCGAGCUUGAGGCCGGGUACCACCAAGAGCUAGAGUCCACAUACAAGACGACAACUUCAAAAGCGUGGAUAGAGUGGUUCAAGUUGGAGCAGAAAUAUGUUCCAUCAGGCUAUUCCCACGAGACCAAGAUCAUCCAGGCUGAGUGCGAUGCCCCGGAUCCCCAGCAUGCCUUGAUUUGGAAGAAGCAGCAGCGCACGUUCGCCUCACAUGUCCCCUCCGCAUAUCUCAUAUGGACCCGCGGCAUGACCGCGCAGUCGGCUAUAGCCUCCCUGGUUCACCAGAUACUCUUCCAGAAAACGGAGGUGAUGGCCCAGGCGGGCCUGGACUUGGACCAGUUCAAAGAAGCCAACAACUCCCCACGUGCUCUCUGGAAGUUCUUCACACACCUAGUGACAACCCUCGGUGGGUGCAUGGUGUAUAUCACCAUUGGAUCGGUCGGCAAACACGAAUCUGCUAUCGUGAAGAAGUUUGUUGCCAUGGCCAAGACUUGGGACGGGCCGGCCAUCAACGUCACGCUGAUCCAUCCGUUCAGCGACGACUUUGCAAAGACAGAGGAUGUCAUCAAUCUGGACGACAAGUAUGAUGUACAUCCAUCUCUUACGACGACUGAUGCCAUGCAUCACGUCCUGGUCCUGGAGCUCAACGAAGGCAAAAAGGUGUCUGAAACCAUCCAAAGUCUGCUUUGGGAGACUGUUUGGAGAGAAGUCCGUUAUGCCGUGAUUGGUAUUGCUUUUAAUCAGGUGGUGGAGCACAUCCAGAUCGCGGCCAAGAAAGUCGCAGACGUAGCGAGAGAAAACGGUGCCGUAAGCAACGAGCAAGAUAGCUCUCAAGAACGGCAGGACAGAGGGGCGGAGGAAACAUUCACUAACACUGACACAAAACACUGGAUUGCUGCUGUCUCAACGUGGACGGGAAACAAGUGGUCUAUGGAUGCGCUUCGGGAGCAAAUCCAAAGACACAUCGAUAUUGUCGACAUACAUCUGCCGGCAGACAUCAAGGCGGGCUUGAAGGAGAAGCUGGAUUUGCUCCUUUUCGAUGAUGAGACGGAGCUUGAGCCGCGGCCGCUUACAGAAAGUCAAAGGAUGUCGAUAUGGGAUGAACUGCAAAACGCUAUUAGGCCUGGUACCCAGGUCAUGUUUUGCAGCCAGAUCGAGGAAUUACUGUCCGCAGUCCUGGACGAUUAUCGGAUGGAGGGUCCCGAAAGAGAGGGCGAGGCCAAGACCCUUUUUGUGUAUCUCGCCAAGACGUAUUUUGCGAAGAGCGGUCGGUGGAAGGACACCUUCUCAGAGGAUAAGGAUCUAGUAGCGAACGGGAUUACGAAGGCGAUCGAAAUUGGGUUCCAACAUCUUGUCGAGGCUUUUGCUUCAGGCGGAUCCUGA